AUGAUCAAGAGCUGCUUAAACUCUUCAGUUGGAAAAAUGUUAAAGGUUGCAUCCACAAAUCAAUGAUCAGCUUCUCUUAGCAAAGAAAGCUGCCAUUCAGUGGCUCAUAUGAUAAACUUUGGAUUUCCUUUAGGUGUGGACACAAUUCCAGAUGAUCUGAAAAAAUUGAUAUUCAAAGAUUCAAUUUGUGCAAACUGCUGGCAUGCACUUAGCCAGUCAUUUAAUCCUAUUAAUUGUCUUGAAUUUUUUAUAUCAAUCUUCAACUGAUUUUUUAUUAUAUUUGCUUGAUGUGCUAUUUUAAAAUGAAUAUAA